AUGGACAAUAAAAUUGCUACAGAAUCCGAUAAGGCACAGCCAGGCCUUGCCUCUCAUACGGAAAACGCCUCCUCAUCAUCCUCGCAACAGGCCAUGCCUUCUCACGGCCGUGUCGUCGGCGGCAAGCACAUUCAGAAGAUCGAAGAUGAGUCGUCGAUGUCUUCACAUGAGGGCGCUGGCCCUCUGCAGACCUUCGACUUCGACCUCCCGCUCACUCUCACCCGCACGCAAGUUCACGACGGCAACCAAUAUAUCGUGGUCGAAUUCACGCCCGACGACCCGGAGGACCCGUUCAACUGGAACCCGCGCUACAAGGCCUUCAUCGCGAUGCUCCUCUGUCUAAUGACGCUCUUCAUUGGUCUCGCUACCACCGCCUACAGCUCCGGUAUUGGCAAGAUGACCACCGAAUUUGGCGUGUCCGAAGAGCUCGGUCAGCUCGGUCUCUUCUGCUUCAACUUUACCUGUGCCCUGGCUCCUCUCUUCCUGGCCCCCUUCUGUGAGCUGGCUGGUCGUCGUGUCGUUUACGUUGGCUCCUACGUCUGCUUCGCCCUCAUGUUCAUCGGUCUCGCACUGGGCAAGAACAUCGCCACCAUCCUCGUCUGCCGUGCGCUGCUCGGUCUCUUUGGCUGUGUCGGUACCAUCUUGGUCGGUGGUACCUUCGAUGAUAUGUACCGGCCCGAGGAGCGUGCCAUCCCCAUGGCUACCUUCUCGUACAUCGCUAUCCUCGGUACCGUUGGUGCGCCCAUCUACGCCGGAUUCAUCGACCAGGCCCUCGGCUGGCGUUGGGUUGAGGGUAUCCAGGGUCUCGCCAACAUUCCCCUUGGAAUUGCCAUCAUCUUCUGCCUCCGUGAAACCCGUGGUUCCGUCGCCCUCACCAAGCGCGCCAAGCUCCUCCGCAGCCAAACAGGUGACGAGCGCUACCGUGCCGCCAACGAGCUCGAGGCCCCUGGUAUCAAGGAGAUGCUGCACAACUCGUCCGUAAAAGCCAUUAAGAUGUUGAUGACCGAAUCCGUCGUGUUCUUCUUCGGUCUGUGGAUCAGUUUCGCAUGGUUCCUGACCUUCCUCUUCCUUUCCGUCAUCCCGAUCACUUUCAACGAGAAGAAGGGCUGGAACGAGGGUGUCUCCGGCCUUCCCUACAUCUCUCUCGUCCUGGGUACCACUAUGGGUUUCGCUCUCAACUUCCUCCAGAUCCGCAAGUUCGAAGGCAUGGUCAAGAACGGCGAGAACCCGCCCCCUGAGGCUCGUCUGUACGGUGCCCUCUUCGGCGCCGUCUGGCUGCCCAUUGGUCUUUUCAUCUACAGCUUCACACAGUACGAGUACCUCCACUGGAUCGCCCCCGUCAUCGCCCUGGCGCUCAUCACCAUCGGUAUCUUCUUCAUCUUCGAGAGUUGCUACUCCUUCACGAGUGACUGCUACGGCACGAACUCCUCGUCCGCCAUCGCCGGCCAGGGUUUCAUGCGUAACACCCUCGGUGCCAUUUCUCCCCUCUUCGCGUCUCAGUUCUUCCACAAUGUCGGUAGCCAGUACGCUGGAUUGAUUCUGGCUCUGGUCGCCACCCUGUUGACGCUCAUUCCGUUUGUCCUGUUCAAGUUCGGUCCGGCUAUCAGAGCCAGAUCCAAGCUUGCUCAGGCUUAA